AUGGCAGACAAGGGAGAUGUUAACUUGGGAGGUGCGCAAUUUGCGUCGCACAAAUGGGCAGAGCCGGUCUUUGUUGUUUCGGUCAUGAUUGGUUCAUUGAUCAUCAAUCGUCGCAAAAACUUCAGUAUUCUUCGAGGAGACACCAGCCGAUCGGGAACUCUAUCACCUACCAGCGAGGGACGUCCAAUGUUGUCCGACGAUGAGCACGCGACAGUUCGUUUCCAGAAACGCAGCUGCUUUGGAAAGGAAUUCACCAUCCCGGAUACUUCGGCUUUUGGCAACAAUUUGCAUAGCAGAGUGCUGCAAAAGUUCCCCUUUUUGAUCGAAAUGUUCUACUGGGCAUUGAAUUACGCAGCCUACAGUUUCACAAAGGCAAUCGCUGCUUCAUUAUAUGCUACAAAGGACGGCGUCACGGAACUUGCUCAGGAGCAUGGCAUCAGCAUUCUCAACUUUGAGCAUGACUCUAUGUUUUCAAUCUUCUUUCCCAUCAAGGAAGUAGAUUUCCAGACCUUUUUCACCACCGGACAUCCGCUUGCAUUGACAUUUUUCAACCGUAUCUACUCAUUGGUACACAUUCCCGGAACUGUCACUUUCCUCUCCUGGUAUUACUAUGCCGCACCGGAUCACGCCGCUUUCGCUGUGGCCAGACGUACGAUGACACUGGGUAACUUUGCCGCUUUCUUCGUCUUCUGUUUCUACCCCUGUAUGCCACCACGUCUUUUGCCAGAAUCGUUCGGGUUCCACGACACGGUCCGUCAAGAGAACGCAGAGAGUGUUUGGGUAGGUGGCAAGAAUGUCAAUCAGCUUGCUGCCAUGCCUAGUUUGCACUUUACCUAUGCUUUCGUGAUCGGCUGCACAUUCAUCUAUCACUCUGGCAUCCACUGGCGUUCCGAGAACAAGGCUCUCCAGCAAUCAACUUUCGGCAGAUGUUUGUGGCUGCUGGCUGGACUCUGCUACCCAUUGUUGGUCUUGUCUGUCAUUGUUGCAACCGCCAACCACUACUACCUAGAUGCCGUGGUCGCUCUUUUCACAACAUCCCUUGCCUUCUUCAUCAACAGAAUUUGGAUGCUCCUACUACCUGCCGAAGGUAUGCUGCUCUGGGUCCUGCGUCUGAAGAAGCCCGUUCCCACCACCGGACAGCGCCUGCAAGGAGCCAAGAAGGUCAAGGAAGACGAGAGCGACUACCGCUAUGAGGUCGUUUAAGCGAUGGCCUGAUAAUCUGUCCUAUUCACCUAAUAAUGCCUUUGUAUAUCGAACCACUAUCUAUAAUAUCUUGGAUCACUUUCCAAAACUUUCCAGCUGUCUGAUCAGGAGUUAACAAACUACUGAUAAUACUCAUUUGAUUGACUUUCUCGUAUUUUCGCGAUGUUGAACCUCCAGCAGCAAUGAGCUCUCACGGGCAUGCGAAAAAUACUGAGUGUAGCCUAUUGCUUUGGAGGACAUGGGGGUUGUGCGCUUCUUCAAUCGCUCUCGAUAUCAGAGCCACAAUAUCAAUGGACACAUUAUUAUUGCUUUCGGGCUGCUCAAAAGUAGAAAGCCAAGUCGUGGAUCACCGCAGCAACAACAGAUUCUUUCCGGGGCGAUUGUGUAUUCAAAAUCUGAAGAUUAGAUUCUUGCUAGAGGUUCAUCGACGUUUUUGUAAUAAUGGCUUGAGUAGAGG